AUGGGCAAUAAAGUCUCCGCAGUGAAUGGCGUAAAGUCAGACCAUUUCUACGACCAAGGCAACGCCGUCAAUGAGAUCUGGGUGGGCGACGUUGAAGUCAUCUCGCGUUUACCCUUCGGUGAUUCCGACCUCGAACAAGCCGGCUGGCCUCCAGGAGGCUUCCCAAAGAUCCCGUGGCAUCAUUUCAUCAUCCCCAUGCAUAAACGAGACGAAGCAAGCGACAUGACUUCCAACCCUUCCUCGGGGGAUACGAAUGCGGCUCAUUAUACUUGUCAGGACUGGCUACCAAAGGAUGGCUACCUGGGCAUGUACACGGGCGCCAGCCCGGAUUUUGCGUAUUUUGCCGGAACUGUGUUCCUUGGCAUCUCUGUCUUCUUGCAUAUCUAUUUUCUUUACAGCCUCGUCACUGCUUUCGUGAGGUGGCAAGAUUUACGGGAGACAUCACGUCUUCUCCCGGAUCCGGCCUCGGGAAGACGUAUGGCUAACAAGUACCUUUGGAUUCGCCUCGGGAAGGCAUUCGUUGUGUUUGUUGUCUCUGUUUUCUGCCUCGUGGUGGGUUUGCCUGCCGCCGCUGCUGGCACAAGGAGGAUUGACGCUACCAGUUUUAUUUUGGCUAAUGGACUUUGUGUUGGUGCGGCUUUCCUCCUCGUAGGCCUUGUCGCCCCCUUCACCCUGCUAUGGUGCACGAGAAAGCGAAGUGCUGCAAUUAUUAACGCUUCGUGA